AACAAGAGAUUAAAAAUGCGACUAGUGCUGAAGAGAUUAAUAACUUAAAAGACCUUUUAUUAUCGGAAAUCACUAAUUUAAGGAACCAAAAAAGCACGGCGGCUAAAUUAAAUGACUUACUAAGCCAAGCUGCCAACAAAAACACUUAUCAAGCGUUAGAAGCUCUACUCCAACAAAUUAGAGAAUUAAGUGCUACCCAAGCUUAUAAAGACCAGCAAGCACAAAUAAACGAGUUAGAAAUUAAACUCCAAAACUUAGACCCUACUAAGUAUCAAGCCGGGAUUAAUCAAGAUAUUGAAGAGCAAUUAAAAAAUAAUGGCGUACAACUCUCUGAUUUAGACCCUCCAACCCAAGAGAACUUAAAAAAAUUAAAAAAUGGUGAAAUAACUGAACCCACCCAAGUGCAAGCCCUGAAAACCCAAGUCCAAACUCAGAUUGGUAAAAAGGGAGCGGAGAAAGAAUUAGCCAAGUUAACCUCGGCGGUGCAAACAGCUUUAAAAUCACAAAAUAAAAGCCAAAUAAAAAAAGUUAAGGCAGAUUUAUUGAAGUUUAUCCAUAGUGAUAAUAUUUAUUGGCAAGAGCAAAAAGACCAAGCGGAAAAGUUGUUAAAGGAUUUAGAAAAGAAUAGUUUAACUGCCA